CGGAUAAAAAGGUAGAUUUUCCUCCCUCCUGCCAGAGGGGCUCAGCUUCAUUCAUUACUGGGAACUCUUCCUUGGAACAUCACUGCUUACACUACCAGCAAGACAACCUCUCCUCUAGCCAUGUCUCGCCAGUCCUGUGCCCGGAGCAUUGGAGGAGGGUUUCCGAACAAGGGUUUCAGUUCCAGCUCUGUCUGCUUUGGGGGUGGAAACAAAGUCAGCUUCAACACUGCUUCCAUGUCCCGUGGAUGUUCUGUCCGUAGCGGAGGCGGAGGCGGAGGCUUUGGCAGCAGGAGCCUGCAUAACAUGGGGGGCAGCAAGAGAAUCUCCUUUGGUGGAUAUGGUGGCGGUGGCUUUGGCGGGGGUCUCAGUGGCGCCUGUGGCCAAGGGGGUGGGGGCUUUGGAGCUGGUGGUGGCCUUGGUGGUGGCCUUGGCGGUGGCUUUGGCGGUGCAAGUUUCCCUGGACUUGCAAUCUGCCCUCCAUUCCCAGGAUGCCCACCUGGAGGCAUCAAAGAGGUGACCAUCAACCAGCACCUCCUGCAGCCCCUCCACCUGGAGAUAGACCCGGAGAUCCAAAAAGUGAGGACAGAAGAAAGGGAGCAGAUCAAGACCCUCAACAACAAGUUUGCCUCCUUCAUCGACAAGGUCCGUUUCCUAGAGCAGCAGAAUAAGGUUCUUGAGACCAAAUGGAAACUCUUACAAGAGCAGGGCCAAGGGACUGGCAUUGGUCAAAAGAAUCUUGAUCAGUUCUUUGAGGCUUAUAUCAACAACCUCAGGAAGCAGCUUGAGUGUCUUCAGAAUGAGAGGAGAGGCCUGGAAUCAGAGCUGAAGAACUUCCAAGAUCUUGUGGAGGAUUACAAGAACAAAUAUGAGGAAGAAAUUAACAAGCGCACGGCAGCAGAGAAUGACUUUGUGCUCUUGAAAAAGGAUGUGGAUGCUGCUUACAUGAACAAAGUAGAAUUGCAGGCGAAACUGGACUCCUUGACAGAUGAAAUCAACUUCUUGAGAUGCCUGUACGAAGCUGAAUUGAGCCAGAUGCAGCAGACUGUUUCUGACACCUCAGUUGUCCUCCAAAUGGACAACAACCGGAAUCUGGAUUUGGACAGCAUCAUUGCAGAGGUCAAAGCUCAGUAUGAGGAAAUUGCUCAGAAAAGCCGAGCAGAAGCAGAGUCUUGGUACCAGUGCAAGUACGAGGAGCUGCAGCAAACAGCUGGGAAACACGGUGACAGUCUCCGUGACACCAAGGCCGAGAUCUCUGAACUGAACCGGAUGAUUCAGAGGAUACGAUCUGAAAUAGAGAAUGUGAAGAAGCAGUGUGAGAAGCUGCAGGCUUCCAUUGCAGAAGCUGAGGAACGUGGUGAGCUGGCCCUCAAGGACGCCAGGGACAAAUUGAAUGAACUGGAGGGGGCCCUGCAGAAGGCCAAGGAAGAAAUGACCCGUCUCUUGAGGGAGUACCAGGAGCUGAUGAAUGUCAAGCUGGCACUUGAUAUUGAAAUUGCCACCUACAGGAAAUUGCUGGAAGGAGAGGAGAGCAGGAUGUCUGGAGAGUGUCAGAGCACCGUGAGCAUCUCUAUGGUUGGCUCCUCCUCUACUACUUCUGGCGGUGGAUAUGGUGGCGGAUUUGGAGGUGGAUUUGGAGGUGGAAUGUGCUAUGGAGGAGGAUCUGGUGGCCUUGGUGGAUUCAGCUCUGGAAGCGGAAGAGGUGUUUGCAGCAUAGGAGGUGGAGGAGCUUGCUCUGUCGGCGGAGGAUAUGGAGGAGGAUAUAGUUCCGGAGGCACCAUUGUGAAAAAAACCACCACAUCCUCUCAUUCCAUCAAGUCUUCAAGCAGGAAAUAAGAAGCAACAGGUGCAGGGAUGACAACAUCAGCAUGGAUGAAAGAACCGUUUUUCUGAAGACUUCUGCAAAGCCACCCUGAACAGAAUCUUGGCGCCUUUCAGAAAAAAUGGACUGUGCCCCUUAUGGCCAUUAUGGCUGCUCUUCCAGGAUAUUUUUUAAGUCUUGCAUUGUUUGGGUGGGAUACAGACUCAAUUAGCUGAACUUCAGUACCAUUGAGUUCUGUGAGACCUGUCAUUGCUAACUUGUCUCAUUUAUGUCAGUGGGACCUUAGUUCAUCUAACGUAGUCGGUAUCCAACCCAACCCAAACUUAGUCUGUAGCCCACCCUUUGUUGUUGACACAUUUCAUGCCCCUAACAUAAUUAGGUCUAGUCAACAGAUGUGUAAUAUGCGAAGGCUGUGUUUGCAUGAACAAGGGCAAACAGUAUUAGGUAGUUCUAUAGAGGUUAUUCUAGGCAAUGUGUGCAUUGUCUUUGCACCAUUCACACAUCUUUUAUGUAGAGCAGCACCCUCUGUCCUAGAUAGCCCAGAAUUCUCACUGGCUGUGCUUCAACUGAGGAUACACUUUUAUCUCUUUGGUGGAUUGAAACACCGGGGGCAGGCUUCACUCUGGAUAGGUACGGUUCACACGAGAAAACAAUUCUAGGAGUCAGGUUAUUUGAGUCUCAUAACGUUUAAAGAGUACUGCUGUUUUGUCUA